UGUUAGGUGGGGAGGGUUUGUUGUGUGCAGCUACACCGUGGAUGACUUGCACGCUAUGAUUUCCCGGAAAGUCCCCUCUUUCAACUCACAAACGUGAUCUCAUGCCAAUGCUUAGGCGUGAGCAUAGUCUAUAAAACUGUCUGACUGCUUCUCUCCAACAGUUUCAUUUGCAGCUCGAGAGCAAGUAACGUCUGGCUUAUAAGAUGGCCGAAGCCAUGGAUAAGCCGGAAUGCCUAAUAAGCACCGACUCUGAAGGACGUCUGUAUGUUGUGAAGGAAGCUAAGGAAAUACUGGAUCGGAUUUCUCAGCCAGUUGUUGUAGUGUCUAUAGUGGGGCUCUACCGCACAGGGAAGUCUUACCUCAUGAACCGCCUAGCAGGAAAACAAACAGGCUUUGCUCUGGGCAGCACCAUAGAGUCAAAAACGAAAGGCAUCUGGAUGUGGUGUGUCCCUCAUCCCACUAAUCCGGGAUACACACUGGUGCUGCUGGACACUGAAGGACUCGGGGAUGUGCACAAGGGUAAUGAAAAGCAUGACACAUGGAUCUUCUGCCUGGCUGUCCUGCUCAGUAGUACUCUGGUCUACAACAGCCUUGGGGUCAUAGACAACAAUGCACUUGAGAAGCUACACUAUGUGACAGAACUGACUGAGAACAUCCGUGUGAAAGCACAGACAAGUGGGGAUGCUGAUGACUCAGCAGAGUUCAUGCGAGUCUUCCCCUCCUUUAUCUGGGCUGUUCGAGACUUCACACUGCAGUUAGAGAGGGAAGGCAAGGACAUCACAGCUGAUGAAUAUCUGGAAGGUGCUUUGGAGCUUAAAAGUGGUUAUUCCUCUAGUGUUGAGAAGUUCAACCUGCCCAGGCGCUGUUUGCAUGGCUUUUUUGCAGAAAGAAAGUGUUUUGUAUUCCCACGACCAGCUGGAGAUGAUGACUUGAGAAGGAUGGAGGAGCUAACUGAGAAAGACCUCAACUCACGGUUUCUAAGGAAUGCUACGGAGUUCUGCAGCUAUGUGUUUAACAAUUCUAAACCAAAAACCUUAACCGGGGGCAGGAUGCUUAACGGCAGUGCUCUUUGCAGUCUGGCGGAGGUCUAUGUGGAGGCAAUUCGUAGUGGCCGGGUUCCUUGUCUGGAAAAUGCAGUGGAGACUUUGGCUAAGAUCCAGAAUGAGCGGGCUGUGGAAGAGGGCCUGCAGGUCUACCAGAGUCAUAUUUUUGAGUUGAUCUGCCUUCCUGUUAAUCCAUCUGAGCUAUCAGACAUCCACAGAAUCGCAGAAGCAGCAGCUGUUGAUAUCUUUAUGAAAACGUCCUUCAAUGACACUGAGCAAAAAGCACAGCUAAAGCUCAUGCAAGAGAUCCAAGCUGUGUAUCAGGAGCUUUGCAGUCAGAAUCAUGAGGAAUGUUUAAAUGUUUGUAGAAAGGAGCUAAAACGGGUGUUUAGUCCAUUGGAGGAAGCAGUGGCUGAUGGUUUAUUUAUGUGGCCCGGAGGCUACUCAGAGUAUAGCGAAAAACUUCAGAGCCUCAUAAAUGAAUACAAAGUAUACACAGAAACACAGCUGAUGAGCGAGGAAGUGUUAAGUAAGUACCUGAAGGACAACGAACAGUUUGGGAGGAAUAUUCUUUUAGCUGAUCAGCAACUCACUGAAGCAGAAAGGAAAAAAGAAGAGGAGCGUUUGCAAAAGGAGGCUCUAGAACGUGAGAAAGAAAUAUUACAAAUGCAAGCGAAGCUUCAGGAGCAGGCGUGCCAGGACCAGCAAAAGACCUACGAGCAGAAUGUGACCCAGCUGCUGGAACGUAUGGAGAAAGAAAGGCAGAGAGCAAAGGAGGAUAAUGAACAAGUGCUGGAUGCUAAGCUUAGAGAGCAGAGGGUUCUGUUGGAAAGUGGAUUUAAAGAAAAGGCUGAUGCAAUGAAUAGACAGAUUGAAGGUCUAAAAGGAGAGAUGAAGAAGGAUAACGAGUCAAAUCGUUCUACAUUCAGUAAGGUAGUAGAUGGUUUGGGCACUGCAGCGAGCCUGUUCCUCCCCGGCAUCAUCCCUAAAGCUGUUGGCGCUGUCGCAUCAUUUUUCUCACGAUUGUUUUGAUAAUCUUACUGAUUAAAGUUAUUGUAUAUAUAUUAUGCACAGUAGUUUAUAUAAAUAUUUUACCCUCGUAGUGACUGCUUAAAGGUAUUUGAGUAGUAUUAAUAUAAUGUCCAGCAACGACAUUGUAAACUUGGUGUGUUUCCACUGCAUGUUUUCCCAGGUUUAUUUCUUCAGUAAAAUUUAUUUAAAAAAUACUCAUUAAAGUAUUAAGCUCAUAUGCCGAGACCUCUUUUUUUGUUGGCAAAAUCUUACUUUUUAAAAACAUAUUUUUUUACACAACAGUAUACAAUUUAGAGGUAUACUUGCACCAUGAACACAGUAGUGUUGGGCUUACAAUUAUUUCUUUGGGACUGCAAAAAUUAUACAACGUUAAUUUUAAAUAGAAGAAAAUAAAUAUAUUAUGUAUUUCUGUAUGUAUAACUAUUAACAUAUUUACAGUUUUCUGAUAUCAGCACAGUUAUCAAGUAUGCAUAUCACACCUAAAAAGUUUCACCUAUAGCCAAUGUUUUUGGUUUAGCUUUCUGGCGGAAUUCUGAUUUGAUAUUUGACCCCGAUUACUUACAUUUUACUUAAAUUCUGGGGGACAAACAUUAUGUCAGUGUGCAUAGCAGGAACACUUUGAACAACUUUUUAUAUUUACCUUGAUUGUGAUUUAAAAUCAACUUGACAACACCUGAAUUAUCAAACACAAAUUUAAGGCCAUACUUGGCAGAGCUUGUGAGUGUGCAUUGCACGCACACACACAAACACACACACACACACACACACACAGUAGCUAAAAUCUUUUUUGUUUGUUUGUUUGUUUUUUAUGUGAAAAAAUGAAUCCAGUAUCUCAAAACUUUUUCAAAAAAACUUUUCAGUGUUGAAAAACUUUUUCUCAAAAAAAUAUAUAUAUUCUACUUAAUUGAAUCUGCAAAGUGCCACAGCUUAUCUGUAUCAACCAUUCAAAUUUCGUCUAUAAGCAUGAUUUAUAAUACUGACAUGGUUUACUCGUUAGAUCUGUAGGCCAGUAAGUGUUAGUUUAUCUGGAAGAAUUUCCAUAAAAAUCGUUUCUUUGUUCAUUCAAUUUACCAGUUGUAUUCCUUCCCUUCCAUGAUCCAAAAUCCUAUUAUUCAUACACUGCCAUAAAUACCUAUCGUAUUUGCCUUUUUGUCAUAGGUUUAGUAGUUUAAUGAAAGAGAGUGGGCCCUAAUUUACAAUAACCUCAGAUCAAAGACAGAUUAAUUAAGCUUUAAGUAAAUUAUCUGAAGUCAGUAAAUGAAAUUACCUAAUACUAAAGAAUAGUUUCCUUAAGAAAGCUUAAGUCCCAAACAAUUUAAACGAGGUGUGCAUGCUACUUUUUUAACCACAUACAUGAUGAAAGAUUUUGCUGCUGUAAGUUAGCAUACCCAUUAAAGAAAAUAAUGUAGAUCAAUUUGACUAGACUGGACGUUAUUUGCACCUGCUAACCUGCCAACAAAUAAAAUGUGGAUAAACAAUUGGGUGCAUACGUUAUAGCUGAUAUUCAAUACUAAACAAGUAGCACUACAUGAUUGCUGUUUAAUGCUUUUAUAAAAGUUAUUAUAAAGAAAAAUGUUAAUUCCAUUGUCUGUUAAGAUAUGCUCUCUGUAUAGUGCCUAAGCCAUUGCAACCUGUUUUAUCCAUUGUUUUGUCUCAAGUCUGAAAUUAAACAAACAACAUUGAAAGGUAUUGUUGUUCUCCAAACUGA